CAACUGUCCUCUUGUGAGUCGAUUUGUCGAUCAGUACGACCGCAGCUUCAGAAGCAUCGAGAUCCCCGUGCGCAUGAGAGAUUUUCCCCCCGAAGAACGAUAAACUCUGACCUGGCUACGGGUCAAAAGUGCACCGGGAGGAGCAAAGUGAUUUAGAAAAAAAAAGUUUAAUGUGUGAGAAAUGUGAGGCAUUUUGAAAUUGAAUCACUUUAAUAGAAAAGACAGCGCCUACACCUUAUCAUCAGGUAUAUAACAAAAAAAACUUAAUCUUAUCGCUUUGGAGAAUUUUCUUGACGGAAUCACUCCUCGACUAAAAGGCGCAGUUGUGCCAAGACUUUACGUGACCAUAAAAAUCUAUUUUAUGGUUUUUUUGUGUGCUUCAAAAGCUUUUCUUUUCACCCCGCGCGACAUAGUGAAAGUUCACGUGGAAAAUGUGGAAGGGAGAAAAAGGAUUUUUUGGAUUACAGUGAAAAGUGUUGUGUUGAUUUUCUAAAUAAUAAAAAGCUCCACUCAAAAAAAAAAACGUGAAGAUUGCACAAAGAAGUCAAGAUAAAUCGCUUGACUGUAGAUUCUACAGCCAGUUGACGGUUUAAAUCUCACUUAAUUGGCGUUUCCUGAUCACAUCUCAUUGUGGGUUGAACACAACAGCCCUCCCCGAAAAAAAGCGUGAUUUUGCCAAUGAAGGAUAUUUUGGGAGCCCGCAGGGGAUUCCUCCUCGGGUGGAUUCUUACACUGCUCUUCGCAGUACCCGCGGUGAGGGCUCUCACGCCUCGAACAACGGAUCUCGAUGUACCCAAGAGGUGCAACUUGGAGCGGGUCUUCAAACGUAUUGGCUACAAUUGCGCCAAAUUGGACCUCAAGGAGAUCCCGCAGAACCUCAAGAGUUCAAUGGAGAUUCUCGAUGCUUCCUAUAAUCGGAUCAGAGACCUCAACCCGGGGACAUUUGAGCGCUACACGGAUCUUCAGUAUUUGUAUUUAGCUGAAAAUAUGAUUCAGACCAUUGAACCGGGAACAUUUGCCAUUCUCACCAAUUUAGAGGCUAUCGAUCUUUCCUACAAUGCCCUCACAACCAUCCCCGUUGAGCUCUUCAACCUGCCACUGCUGAGAAAUCUCUACAUCUACAGCAACAACUUGUAUGAUCUCCGAACUGAUCUUGAGUCCAUCGAAAAACCUAUCAGGGCUCCUCUGCAGCUUCUCAACAUUGCCGACUGUAGGCUUGGAUCAGUUCCUGACUUUGGAAUCCUCCCAGAUCUUUGGCAUCUAAACCUAUCCUCUAAUCCUCUUCAGCAUAUCCAGCCACAGCAAUUCUCACCGCUGUGUAACUUAAAGACCGUAGAUUUAAACAACACCAAAAUGCCUCCGUGCGCGUGUCAGCAAAUGACCUUCUACAUGCGCCGAAGAUCCAUCGCCAUCAAGAAUGGCAUGACUAACUGUGAUAGUUCAGCAGAAGAAUUAAUCUACUGCCCGGACGUUGUGAAUUCCACGCGAGAUGCGUCGGAUUUUGACGAAUGCAACGUCGUGCGGGAAACCAAAGUUCUCAAUGAGAAGGCCACAUCCUCCUGGAUGAUUGUUGCUCUCUCAAUCCUUGCCUGUUUGGUGGCAUUCGUGGUGCUGCUCUACGUGUGUCAUCGACGGAAUGCGAAGAGCACCAAAGAUGUGCAGAAAAUCACUCUCAGUGACGUCAAACCGAGCGAAGAGAAUGGCAAUCGGGACACCCUCCUGUCCUACGACAAGACCUGAAACAUCACGCUUUGCCCCCCAGACUGAUGCGGAUGUGUAAAUAAUUUAGUAAUAAAUAAACUAACCAGGAAGCACUGAAUAA